AUGUCUCGUCUCAUCGUCAUUGCCCUUCUCGGGCUAUUUGCGAGCCAAGUUCUGGCCAUCACCAGUUGGUCAGCUGUCUCCACAAAUGGAGUCAACACCGUCGGAACCUAUGGAACUUCUGUCGGUGGAGCAGGUCUCGGAGGGCCAGGAGUUGGAGGGCCAGGAGUUGGAGGGCCAGGAUACGGCGGACCAGGAUACGGAGGACCAGGAUACGGACCAUACGGAAGAUACGGAGGAGGCGGAUACGGUGGAUACGGAAGAUACGGACGUUACGGAUACGGAGGAUAUGGACCAAGACCAUUCGGACCACAUCAUCACCAUCACGGACCCCCACCACCUCCACCACCACCAUAUUAUGGAAGACCAUUCUAA